UCAGUUUGCUUCUGACCGCCCAGAACAUCAGCGUUGUAAACUCCUCACUUGGAGGCGUCGUGUUUCUGCGGUUGAAGCUAAACCCACCUCACAACUUUGCUUACCGAUCUGGUUAUCCUUUCUCGUUUGAGUUACUCGAAGUAAUUCGAGUUGGGGCUCAUUGCGUAUGAAGUGAAAUUGAGCAGCAAAUCAACGCUGAUGCUACCGACAAGAACUGUCGUCGAAAGUGCGCUUGCGCCAUGCAGAUGCGACUCCGAUUCAAUGGCAGAUCCACAGUUCGUAGACAUUGCUCUAGACCGUGAGUAGCACACUCUAUCUCGUCCCAUCACCACCUGUACAUGCGAAAUCGACACUUCCAGUUGUUGAUUUUGGACUCUUGCAAUCUUCUGGUUUUGGACCCUAGCCCUAUAUUACCCCAACCUACGCUCUGCUGUUACAAUCAUCCUGCAGCCACUGCCACCAUUCCACCGCUUGUGCUGAUCGACUCACUGCUGCAGCUCAAGAUGAAGGGAUUCCAAGCACUGGUGCUGAUCGGAACUCUCAUGCUCGUCGCUUGCAGCUGCUCAGCUGCCAGAAUUUUAGUGGAAGAGAAUCGUGCAGCAUCCCAGAUGAAGUUCAAGGGUCCAUCGCCAACCGAGAAGCCCAAAUUGCCGCCGCUGCCCACUUUGCCUCCCAAGCCCAAGCUCACAUUGCCGCCGCAGCCCAAGCUGCCGAGCUUCGGGAAGAAGUGCCCUCCACCUCCAGCUUCUCCUGUCUACACUUCUCCUCCUUACUCUCCUUCCCCAGUGUACACUUCACCUCCUUACUCUCCCUCCCCUGUCUACAAGUCUCCUCCCCCUUACUAAGAGCUCAUUACCGCAAUGAGAAGGAGCUCGCGCGAUCCAACUCAGGUUUUCAGUGCUGAGGCUUUGAGGAAAUCGGAUGGGCGAUGACUCUGAAUUGCAAGAGUUUAUCUGUGGGCGUGAACAAUGACAGUUGCUUCGUGGACAAACGAUGGAUGUGCCCCGAAUGUUGAUGUGCUAGUAUAUAGUCUUGUAUUUUUGUGAGAGAUAGGUGGAGUGUGAGGCUGUGCAUUUAACUGCAUUGGCUGCUGCAUAUCAAAAUAAGCACAAAGUGGAGUGUAGCUUGGUUCGAGAUAUUGCAUUCGGUGCCGGUUAGCCUCUGUAACGAAAGCCGUUCGCUGCAAGUUGGAGAACGGUACACUGUAAUUAGGAGCCGCAUUUGAUCCAUCAAUAAAUCUGAUUUAUGCAAUAUUAUUGAA